AAGAAUGUCAGAAAAUCUCACAUACGCUGACUUGAAUGUGGCUGAAUUAAACAAGCCCAGAUUACAGAAGGACACUGAUGUCCCAGAUUCAAUAUAUGCAGAAGUGAAAGCUAAAUCCCUAGACACAAAUGCUGUAGCUAGCUACAAGGCGCAUGGUAAAAGCUGUUGCUCCAGAACAUGUGUUGCUGUAUUCAUUGCUAUGAUAGUCCUCCUUCUCCUAGCCUUAGGGUUGGGGCUGAUACUAAUGUUUUUAAGGAAUCAGAAGCCUCCUGCAGAACAAGAAUCUCCCAUAGGCAAAGAAAGAGCCCUUCCAAACACAAGCAGCCCACUUCAACCAGAAACGGUCUCCACCAUCUCUGAAGAGACAAUAGGCUGCCCCUCAGGUUGGGUAAUAAGCAGGAAAAAAUGCUACUUCUUUUCUCAGAAUAGGGACAUAAAAGAUUGGGACACCUAUCGCCAAGAAUGUAAGAAAAUGGAUUCGGACCUGGUGAUUAUCAACAACAAGGAAGAAUUGGAGUACCUUAUUUCAAAAUCGAAAGGUCAUUACUAUUUACUUGGUCUCAAGUAUUCCAGCAGUGAGAGGAAAUGGAAGUGGAUUAAUGGUACAGAACACCACACAGACAUGUUUACAAUAGCAGGAGAGAUGACUGACUAUUUCUGCACUGUUAUUGGAUUUGACCAAGUAGCAACUGCACCUUGCAAUGGAUCCUCAACAACACAAAAUAUGUGUGAAAAAGCUGCAAAUAUUUGAGCUCUCCCCAAAAUGGCAGAAGCAGAGACAUAAGCAAAAGAUCCAGGCAGAAAUCUUACCCUUAUCUUCGUAUAGGAAUAUUGGGUGGAAUUUGUCUCACAGCUUUUGCGACCUUAAAUACCCAAUCUAAGCAAGUCUGAUUGGCUCCCUUUAGAGUUAACUUGCUAAGCUUAGCACUCUUUUCUAAGAUGCAUGUCCAAGACUGGAUGGAUCACUCUCUAGAGAAGCUUGCAUUUGCAAACUGUUAAAGACCUCCUCUGUUAAAAAACAUAGUGGAUACCAUAUCCCUGUGGGGCUAAAAUGUGAUUGCCCACGAAAAGUGAGAUGAUCCUACACUGUAAAGUCGUGCAUAAAAUCCCCACCAAUCCUGUGCAGGUCAGGGAAAGUGUGUCAGAUUUAGUGUCAGCCCUGACGCCAAAUUGUCCAGGACAAAGAGCAGUAGGGAUCACCAGAGUCUAAAAAACAAUGCCAUAACAAUAGCUAAACUGCACCAGAAAAUAAUCAAACUGAGAAAAGAGAUGGCUGUGAAGAAGCUGGCAAGAGGGUGAGAGUGACCUACAGAAAAUGAGAACACAGCAGAUUGACCUGUUUUUUUCAGGAUAGUUAUCAGUGAAGAAAAUCAUGCAAGAAGUUUUUUCCUGCACUGAAAUGUGUCUGCAAGCACCAGGAGCUGGUGGUACCAGUAGAGUAGAGUAGUGACUAGCAAAUAGUGAACAUAACCAGAGCUUUUCCAAUAUUCUUCCUUGGGACCUUGGGUUUGCGUGACUCCAAGGAUUAGAGUCUCACAAUCUCCUUUGAACACUGUGAGGCAGAAUCACUCCUACUUCAAAUGUCACCAUGGUCAUGCCAUGACUCUCUCCUGCAUCUGCAGACUGGAGAAAGCUCUGUGAAUUCC